AUGACAUUGGUGUCACUAGGAAGAAAUUUAUUGCAUCAGUUUGGUCACAGCCCAGGAAUCUGCCCAGUACAUCAUCUGUUCUUCCAAAAGGGAUUUUUCAAGAAAUUGCAACUCAUCUUCUUUAUGGGAUUCUUGGCAUCGGCUUCUAAAGCAUUCCAUCCACCACCUCCGAAAAUAUGUGGAUCUCCAGAUGGUCCUCCAAUCACAUCACCCAGGAUAAAGCUUCAUGAUGGAAGACAUUUAUCCUAUAAAGAACAUGGCGUUUCAAAAGAUUCAGCGAAAUAUAAGAUAAUAUUCAUUCAUGGUUAUAACAGUUGCAAAGAAUAUAAUCCAUUAGCCAUUACAACCUCUCCGGAUCUUAUCGAAAGUUUAAGGGUGUAUAUUGUCUCAUUUGAUCGACCUGGUUAUGGAGAGAGUGAUCCAAACCCAAAUCGAACCCUAAAAAGUUUUGCUUCUGAUGUAGAAGAGCUUGCUGAUCAGCUUGGACUUGGAUCAAAAUUCUAUUUAGUUGGAUUCUCAAUGGGUGGACAAUUGGUUUGGUCUUGUCUCAAGUACAUCCCUCAAAGGUUGGAAGGAGCAGCUCUCGUUUCACCUGGAAUUAAUAACUGGUGGCCUUCCUUCCCUUCAAGCUUAUCCAAUGAAGUGUAUAAUAAACUGAUGAAGAGGGACCAAUGGGCUCAACGUGUUACUCAUUACGUCCCAUUAUUGACUUACUGGUGGAACACUCAAACAUUGUUCCCUAGACCAUCUCUUUUUUCUCGGGUCGGUGAUAUGUUUUCUCCACAAGAUAUGGAAGUUUUAUCAAAGCUUUCUGAUUUACAGAUGCAGCCAGCCCCACAAGGAGAAUUCGAGUCUCUCCAUCGUGACCUAAUAAUUGCAUACGGUAAAUGGGAAUUUGAUCCAAUGGAGCUCGAGGAUCCCUUUACAAAUGAUGAAGGAUCAGUUCACAUAUGGAUGGGUGAUAAUGACGAUUUUGUUCCUGUGGCAUUACAACGUUACAUUGCUCAAAAACUCCCAUGGAUCAAAUACCACGAGAUCCCAGGUGCUGGCCACAUGUUUUUUUUAGCUGAUGGUAUGUCCGACACCAUCUUGAAAACACUCCUUAAUGUGAAAGAUUAG